CGUCACCCCCAUUCUUGCCCAUAUAUAAGGAGCUUUAAAGUGUUUUGACCAUCAACUCUGCAUACGAUUUUCGAUUGCUCAAUCAUUGAGAUGGCAAUGGCUGCUCCAAAAGACGAGACCUAUCAGUCUGAGCCAGGGGUGGUCAAGGAUGAUCUGUACAGCGAGCUCGUUGAGCAUGGCGAUGAAGAGUUCAAGCCGCCGGAAGGAGAAGACCAACCGGCACCUGGUCAUAAAUACAAUCUGCGUCAUGCAAAGCCUCGCGGAAGUUACGACGAAGCUCUAGAUCAGGAAUCCUUUGAGAGCGUGGACGACCAACUAUCCAAGGGCGGAACCACAGACAUUGACAGACGUGUUGCAUCAUAUGUCGCCCGUAGCCAUGAUCCCCGCCCACCCGAAGAUCACUUGAAGAGUGCACUGAAAGCUAGCGAGAUUUACGAGAGUGUGACAGGUCACCCGCUGGAGAUCAACGAGAAAGGAGAGGUCGUGACAGAAUAACCCAUUAUACCAGGCAUCAUACCAUGCAUCAUACAAGUCAUUUCUAUUUGCUACUUUGUGGUACCGUCAAUAGUGCUUUUUGCUGGCAUCUUCCAUCAGCAAGACGUAAAUAUGUACAUAUUGUAUCAUAAAAUCUAGGAAUACCAGUUCUAUAACAUGAAUGAAUGUGCUCCCA